CUAGACUAGACCUUCGAGCAACAGCGAAGAUACCAGUAAUCAACCUACGAUGCUAAGGGCAAUCACCCCCGCUCUCCUCGCUGCCUUAUCACUUAACCCCGGUACCUCGACCGUGAAAUAUCACGGAGGUGGCGGGUUUGCAUCUACGUUUAAGAUUGAAACGGAGACUGAGGAUGGGAGGAAGGAGACGGUCUUUGUGAAAACGGGCACUGGCAAGGAUGCGGAGAUCAUGUUCCGAGGGGAGUAUGAAUCACUGAAUGCGAUACAGGAGGCUGUGCCAACUUUAUGUCCCAAGGCAUUCUCACAUGGGCCACUUGGUGAAGGUUCGGAACGAUUUUAUCUAGCUACCGAUUUCUUGGACCUCCUACCCUCAAGGUCUUCCAAGGGCGAAUCACUAGCUUCUAAGAUUGCAAGACUCCAUAGUGCGCCUGUCCCAGAAAAGUAUUCGGGGAAGUUUGGUUUCCCUGUUCCUACUUGCUGUGGCUCUACGGUUCAGGAUAACACCUGGGAGGACACCUGGGCUGAUUUCUUUGGGAAGCGGCGCCUUAUGAUGAUACUGGAAGAGAGCGAACGUAAGAACGGAUCUGAUUCAGAAUUGAGGCGGUAUGUCCAGAAGGCGGUGGAAAUAGUUGUCCCAAGGUUAUUGGGCAACUUGAAAGACGUCAAGCCUUCACUUGUACAUGGGGACUUGUGGAGCGGGAACGCCUCUAGAGGGAUUAUUGGAGAAACACGGGAUGAUGGCACGAUUGAGGAAGUCGUUUACGAUCCUUCGGCGUGUUAUACUCACAAUGAGUACGAAAUGGGCAUCAUGAGGUUGUUUGGUGGGUUCGGAAAUGCCUUCUUCAACGAGUAUCAUAGGGUUAUUCCAAAAUCCGAACCAGUAGAAGAAUACGAGGAUCGUCUGAAGUUGUAUCAAUUGUACCAUCAGCUGAACCAUCAUGCCUUGUUCGGUGGAGGUUAUAGGGGCGGGGCGGUGUCUAUCAUGAAAAGUCUCCUCCAAAAAUAUGCAGAAAAUAAGUAG